UGAAACCUGUGUAUUGUAAAUAAUAGUGCAGCACCCAGGCCCGGACUGAUAACCUGUCUACCCUGCUUUAAAGUGGGCCGCCCCCUGCCUAAUUAGAUGCAGUGCUAGCUUUUUUUUUUUUUAAAUCGGAAGUUACUUGUUGUGCCGUAGGAAUGAUUUUCAGCCUGCCUUGUUCUCUCAAUUUAUUUCCCUAACGGUUGCGAGCAGUAAAGGAGCGAGUGAAUGAAGGGACUGAUAUUGUCCGGGGUUUUCUUUGGUUCUGACAGUUUUAUGGGUGACCUGUCUGCUGCCUUCUUUGCCCGCAGCUCUUUGAGAAAUAAAUGAAGCAGAGGAGAUAAACACACACCCUCUUCCCAAACCUAAAUGCGGUAGGAACGCAGAGGGAGAAGGCAGGCUGAAAAGCAAUCAUAAAGCACCCGCUGUCAUACCCCGAACAGAGAGAGGAAAGGGAGCUCUCCCAACAAGUGGGACCCAAACUGUGAUUUCCGGAACCAUCAGCAAUGUUUGCAAGUAGGAGCAUUACUACCAAUAUCUGCCAGUCUUGGAGAUGGAAUCCAUGUCUAUCUUCUGUCUUUUGUAAACCACCCAAAGGUUUUGAAAAAUACUUUCAGAAGAAUGAGAAGGAUUCAGGUUCUAGGAAUGCCAGCGAUAAAGGAACUGGUGAUGCAAAGGAAGAAGAGACAAAAAGAACUAGUGGGGGCCCCAAUAACAGAAAAGAUGGAAAUCAUGAGGAGUCUACAUGGUGGCGGAGACUUCAGAAGGGGGACUUCCCGUGGGAUGAUAAAGACUUCCGUAAUUUAGCAAUCUUGGCUGCUGGAAUUGCUAGUGGAUUUUUAUUUUUUUACCUGCGAGACCCUGGCAGAGAAAUCAACUGGAAGGAUUUUGUACACCUGUACUUGGCAAGGGGAGUGGUUGAUCGCCUUGAGGUUGUGAACAAGCAGUUUGUGCGAGUGAUCCCUACAGCAGGAUCCACCUCCGAGAAAUAUGUGUGGUUUAACAUCGGCAGCGUAGACAGCUUUGAGCGCAACCUGGAGAAUGCACAAGAUGAGCUGGGGAUAGAAGCAGCCAACCGUGCGUCUGUCAUUUACUCCUCUGAGAGUGAUGGAUCCUUCCUAAUCAGCUUGAUACCAACGCUUCUGCUGGUAGGCUUCCUACUCUUUAGUCUGCGCAGAGGUGCUAUGGGACCUGGCCGCGGAGGCAGAGGUGGGGGAUUGUUUGGUGUUGGAGAGACGACUGCAAAAAUGUUGAAAGGAAACAUUGAUGUAAAGUUCAAGGAUGUGGCUGGUUGUGAAGAAGCAAAGCUUGAGAUCAUGGAAUUUGUGAAUUUCCUCAAAAAUCCUAAGCAGUACCUGGAUUUAGGGGCCAAGAUCCCCAGGGGAGCAAUGCUUACAGGUCCUCCAGGUACUGGGAAGACUCUUCUUGCAAAGGCUACAGCUGGAGAAGCCAAUGUCCCAUUCAUUACUGUCAAUGGAUCCGAGUUCUUGGAGAUGUUUGUUGGAGUUGGUCCAGCAAGGGUACGGGACAUGUUUGCAAUGGCUAGGAAAAAUGCUCCUUGCAUCUUGUUUAUUGAUGAAAUUGAUGCAGUCGGGAGAAAACGGGGAAGAGGAAAUUUUGGUGGCCAGAGUGAGCAAGAAAAUACCCUUAACCAACUCUUGGUGGAAAUGGAUGGCUUUAACUCCAGCACAAAUGUUGUGAUUCUUGCUGGCACAAAUCGUCCGGACAUCUUGGACCCAGCCCUGAUGAGACCUGGUCGAUUUGAUCGUCAGAUUUAUAUAGGCCCCCCGGAUAUCAAAGGGAGAGCUUCCAUAUUUAAAGUUCACCUACGUCCCAUAAAGUUGUCCGAGAGUCUCAGUAAGGAGGCAUUGUCCCGUAAACUGGCAGCUUUGACUCCUGGAUUUACUGGUGCUGAUAUUGCCAAUGUUUGCAACGAGGCUGCCUUGAUUGCUGCACGAUACCUGAAAGAUUAUGUGGUGGAAAAGCACUUUGAACAAGCCAUUGAACGUGUUAUUGGAGGCCUAGAGAAAAAGACUCAGGUCCUACAACCUGAAGAGAAGAGGACAGUGGCUUAUCACGAAGCUGGACAUGCUGUUGCUGGAUGGUUCCUGCAGCAUGCUGACCCUCUGCUCAAGGUGUCCAUAAUUCCUCGAGGGAAGGGCUUAGGGUAUGCCCAGUAUUUGCCAAAGGAGCAGUACCUUUAUACACGAGAACAGUUGUUUGACCGCAUGUGCAUGACGCUAGGGGGACGUGUAUCAGAACACCUGUUCUUUGGUCGUAUUACCACUGGGGCACAGGAUGAUUUAAAAAAGGUCACACAGAGUGCUUAUGCCCAGAUUGUGCAGUUUGGUAUGAGCGAAAAGCUGGGCCAAGUGUCCUUUGACCUUCCACGUCAGGGAGAAAUGCUUGCAGAGAAACCUUAUAGUGAGGCAACUGCAGAGCUGAUUGAUCAGGAAGCCAGAAACCUUAUCAAUACUGCCUAUGAAAGAACACUGGAGCUUCUUACAAGUUGCAAAGACCAAGUAGAGAAGGUGGCACAGCGCUUGCUGGAAAAAGAAGUCCUGGAGAAAUCAGACAUGAUUGAGCUACUGGGUGCAAGACCUUUUCCUGAAAAAUCAUCAUAUGAAGAGUUUGUAGAGGGUACUGGAGGCUUUGAGGAGGACACCUCUCUCCCUGAGGGUCUAAAAGAGUGGAACCAAGAGAGGGAGAAUGGGCAGGAACUCAAGCGACAGGAAAAUACCUCUUAAUCUUUCAGCUGCAAUCAGGCCUGAAGCACACUGCCUUCCCUUUUUAAAGGGCUAUGGCCAUUAAAGGGACAACCUUUUGUUCCUCCCUUUGUGCCCAUCAGUGAUCUUGCCAGCAGUGCCUCACUAUUGUUUCUGGAAAAAAAUCCUUCAUUUAGUGCUUUGUGCACUAACUGCAGUAAUUCAGGGAUUGUAUUGUGUAGUUAUGUGAGUUCAGAACAGUGGGCAGUUACUGCUGUCUGAUUCCUGGUGAUGCAGGUAAUAGUUCAUGGUGUUCCAUGGUGCUGCAUUUUAACAUUUCUAGCUGACCAAAUGGUUAUGUGUUAUACUGGGUUCUGAACAGGUCAGGACCGUGACUCUGCUUCCUCUGUUACACUAAAGACCUUGGGGACUGCAAGAGGAAAACGCAGAUGUAUAAGUUAAAUGCUGUUUAUAAAUACAAAGUGUGUAUACAAUGAAA